AUGUACGAAUAUGUGCAUGUCGACGAGAAGUGGUUCUAUCUGACAAAGGUCAAACGAAGGUACCAUGUGUAUGAUGACGAGGAAGUGGCUGCACGUUCAGUCAAGUCGAAGAGAUUCAUCACUAAAGUGAUGUUUCUUGCUGCUGUUGCUAGGCCCCGUUUCGACCAUUAUUCCAAGAAACAAUGGGAUGGCAAGCUUGGUGUCUGGCCUUUCGUUCACGUGUCGCCAGCUGCGCGUGCAAGCAAGAACCGACCAAAAGGCACCCUGCUUACUGUUCUUCUCGCUGUCGACGCCAAGGUGUACAGUGAUACGAUCAUGGACAAGGUUGUGCCGUCGAUCCAACUCAAGUUUCCUGGCGAUUGGAGGCGCAGACAAGUGCUUAUCCAACAGGAUAAUGCAAGCCCACAUCGCCGUGUGACCUCGGAAUUUCUCCAACAACAAGGCAUUCCUCUGCCCGGAGUCCACAGUCACAUCAACUGCCUGCUCAAUCGCAUCUGCCAAGUGGUUGGAGUCGUAGCAGAGUCAACAACGCCGCUCGCGAAGGAUGCAAAGCGGGAUGCCGAUGUACCCGAAUUGGAUGUGGUACCGGUGAAGAAGAGCCGAGGCGAAGCGAUUAUACCGUCCACGUUGAGGUUUGAGUGGUUCACGCUGGUCCCACGUCCAUGGAACCAAGGCAACGACGGAAACCGUCUACGUCGCUCGGACAUGAAGCUGCUUGUUGACUUCAUGCGGCUUUACAUCGAAGGUGGAUACAGCCUAGAUGAGCACAAAGAUGGAUACCGCGACGAAGUACUCAAGCUAGGGAAGUCAGUAGAGGUGAAGUUGGGAUUAUAUUUUAAAGAAAAAGGAAUCAAAGCUGAGGCAGGCGGCGCGCGCUUGAAGAAACUGCGUGAGGUGCACUGUGUUGGGCACUUUGAUGCCCACAUUCAACGCUUUGACGGGCUGUUUCGUGCCGGGCUAGUCGAAGACCCAUCGCCUUUGUCGUCGAUUAAUCAGCUACGACUAUUGCAAUUGAACGCAUCAAUUUGA